CAUUUUGGUAUGUCAGUAUCAUAUGUUCGGCAUUUAGUACCUAUUAUGAAAUAAAUAACCAGCAAAUUAUUAAAUACGAACAAAUAAAAGAAUGGCUUUAUCAUUUUUUCGAUCCAACAUAAUUGUCAGACAUGUUAAACGACAGCUUUACCAGAACAAACGCAACGCGGGUUACCUAGUCCUAAUUCCAGAAAUAGGUGAAGAUGCAGACAAAAAUAUUUUAUUGUCCGACAAUGGUCUACCAGAGUUUAAUGAUAUUACAAUUGAAAAAUGCAUAGCUGCUAUUAGUAAACAGAGCAUGGAAUACGAAAGUGGAGUCAAACAAAUAGAACAAUUCACUCAAAACUGCAAAAAUGCUUUCAUUGAAAUAUUCCAACCUCUUGAAAAGCUAGACAGCCAGUUAGAAUUAACAUGGGGCAUGGCAAAGGCACUGUACCUUGGCAAUAGCUCGCUGAUGCCCACAAAGUCAUAUAUUCAAAUACAUGAAAGAGCUCACAAAGCUAGAUCCUCAAAAUUUAACAGUAUACCCAUUUACCAGGCUGCAGUUGAUGAGAAAAAUCGAUUAAAAAAACUAACAGAUGAAGAACAAAGACUUCUGGAUAAGUAUAUACUGGAAGGUAAACUAAAUGGAUUGGACAUAAAAGGUAUCAAAAGGGAGAGACUUAACAAUGUACUGGGAUCACUACAAAAAGAAAAGCAAAUUUUCCGUGAAAAAGUCAAUGCUGCUAACAAGCUUUUUACGAAUACAAUAACAAAUCCUGAUGUGUUAAGGGAGUUUCCUGAAAGUCUUAUUAAAUCUAUGGCUGGAAAUAAUGAUCCAAAUAAAGGCCCUUGGCAGGUCACGCUGCAGCCACACAUUUAUGAACCUUUCAUGCAGUAUUGCCCAGACAGGAGUUUACGUUGGAAUGCAUGGCAAGCCAAUGUCCAAAAAUGUUCAAAUUAUAUCAACAAAGAAUUGGAAACAAGCUCGAACUUAGAGAAAAUACGCAACUUCCGACAGGAGCAAGCUACAAUACUAGGUUUCGACAAUUUCGUUGAUAUGAGUAUGGAAACCAAAAUGGCAGGAUCCAUAGAAAAUGUUUACAAUAUGUUGGACAGUUUUCUUGAAACCGCCCUACCGAUGCAAGAAGUAGAAAUUGAAUUGUUACAAAGAUUUGCUCAUGAGCGUGGUUUCGAUGUUAAACUGGAACAUUGGGAUAUACCAUAUUGGCAGAGGAAACAAAAAUGGUCCCUUUACAAUUUCGAUGAAGAUAAAAUCCGUGAAUACUUCCCACUUCCUAGAGUUAUCAGUAACCUUUUCAAUCUUUGUAGUAAAUUAUUUAAUAUAAAAAUUAUCGAACGAUCUGGUGUCCAUACGUGGCAUAAAGAUGUCAAAUUUUACGACGUUUACGACGACUCAAGUAAUUUACCCGUAGCCGGUUUCUAUUUAGACCCAUACGCCCGCCAGAAUGAAAAAAUACGUGUAUAUGACGACGCAGGCUGGCAUAUCUCAGUUCGUAACAAGUGUAAAACCACGUCAACUACACCACUUUCGGCAUUAAUAUUUAAUUUCCAAGCUCCCGAUGGAAAAAAUCAGUCAUUGCUGUCGUUUAAUGAAGUUAGCGUGCUUUUCCGGAGAUUUGGGCAUGCGUUGCGUCAUUUACUUACUAAAGCAAACUAUUCUGAAGUUGCCGGUCUGUCCAAUGUGGAAUGGGAUGCAGCGGAAGUUUGCGGGCAUGUCAUGACGCACUGGCUCUAUGAUCCUCACACGAUACAAGAGAUUAGCAGCCAUUACAGAUCUGAUGAGCCAUUACCAGACGAUAUAAUGAAAAAUCUUCAAAAUGUCCGAAGACAUAUGUCAGGUUAUGAAUUAUGUAGGGAGCUGUACUUAUCAAGAUUAGAUUUGGAGAUGCAUUCAAAGAAAACAUUCUGGAGAGACCUUGUAAGGGAGUUGUGGCCAAAAUACAAUGUUUUACCGUUUGAUAAAUACGAUUCACAUCCUUUGUCCUUCUCGAAAGUAAUAUCAGAGGAGUGGGGAGCAGCGUAUUACUGUCAUCUCUGGUCGAGAAUGAUUGCAGCUGAUAUUUAUAGCGCAUUUGAAGAAGCUAGACAAGGAGAGCAAGAUAUAGUCACUGUUGGGAAACGGUAUAGGGACACAUUCUUGGCACAUGGAGGCAGUUGUCAUCCCAGUGAAGUAUUCAGACGGUUCCGAGGACGGGACCCGUCUCCACAUGCAUUGUUGAACAACCUGGGAUUGUCUAAAAUAAUUGUAGAGGAAUAAAACUAGACUAUUAGUCGCAUAUGUAUUGUAAUUUGAUUCCUAUUAUUAUAAUUAUAUUUGGUUACCAAUUGA